CUAUAGCAAAUCUCCAUGGCAAUGACCCUAAUCGGGGAAGGGGGGAUGCAGGGGGACGCAUGCUCAGAGUGAAUGCUGGAGUCUCGCCUGCUCGUUUCAGCUGCUCCACGGGUGAAGAGAAAGCUCAGGCUGGGAAGAGAGCUCGAAUUACUGACACGAGCGAUGGCGUUGCCUUCUGCCUGGAGUGCGAUGCGUUUGGUGAUCCCCUUCAUCUCGGUGCUGGGCCUGCUAAGCGUGAGGCUUGUGGGGGCCAGCCAGGACUCGGGGAGUGUCAUUCCUGCUGAAAGCCGUCCCUGCGUUGACUGCCAUGCGUUUGAGUUCAUGCAGAGGGCGUUGCAGGACUUAAAGAAGAUGGCGUAUAACCUAGACACGCGGACAGAAACCCUCCUCCUGAGAGCAGAGAAGAGAGGCCUGUGCGACUGCUUUCCUGCCAUGCACUGAAAUGAGCUCUGGGAUUAGGCCAAUGGACAUGUAUUAUGCAUUCAUUUUCAAAAGGCUGUUGAAGAAAUUACAGGAGGGUACAGAGAAGAAACACCACAAGAAAACAAUUUUUAUCCAAACAGAUACAGCCCCGUUAGCUCAUUUUGCCAUUAAUGUUUUGUCAGUACUUAUGUCACAGUGCAUUUGCUGCAGUGUCAAAAGAAGGAGAGGCAUUAGUGUCUCAUGUAAGUGUAAGGGCAGCAUCUCACUUUCCUGCUGUUUCAUGCCAAAAAUCGACCUUAGACUCUCAGGCCAACCCCUCAGCUUAUGUAAAUUGCCACAGAUCUGUCAUAGUAAGCAGAGUCAAAUUCUUUUAUAUAUUUACGUUACAAGUGCAUCCCUAAAGAGAAAAUGAAGCUGCUUUGCAGUGAUGCCCUGCUGUAAAUUUGCAAACAGGCACUUGUGCUUUUAUACAGAAAUUAGUAGUUGUCAGUGCCUGCCUGGCAGCCCACAGGAGGUAUUUGUUCCCAAUUGUAUCAAUAAUCCAGUGCACAGCAAACAGUAAUCUGUACCCAGCGCUUGUUUCUUCAGAGCCACACAGUAGCUGUGAUCUUUUUGGAGGGAUUUAUUCAGUAUCCAAAGCGAUCGCUAACGUUUAUAAUCACAUGAAUGCUGCCUGGCAAUAGAACUGAUUGUGUCUGCCAAAAUCUUCUGGAGAAGUGUCUUUCAUUAAGCAAAUCACAGCCUGGGCUGUACCACUCUCACUGGCCAGUAAUAGAUAGCAUUAGAAUGCGCUCUGGCAAAGUAACUUGAAAGGCUGCUUGUUCUCAGUAAGGAAAAGCAUCCUUCUGCCUUCAUUUUAAGUAGGAAUUUUGUUGUCCUUUGUAGUAUUUCAGAAAAACCCUUUAUAGGUCGUCAGGACCCUGCUUGUAUAAAAGGGAAAGCAUCGUGAUGCUGCAACACAUUGCCUCUAGAAGCAUUACAAUCCACUGAAGCACUGGAAACUGGCUGAAGGGAAGCUAGAGAGUCUCAUAAUGGAGUGGUUUAUUUGACAACUCAAACAGCGGGCGUAACACAACUACUUUCAGAUGCCAGCCUUAGGUUGCUUUACUCCCACUUCAAUUUGAACAUAAGCAACGCACAGAUCUAGAACUGAUUCUUGGCAGGAGGGAGGAUUUCAGCAUGGAAGCUGUGAGUUUUUCAGCACAGCUCACUUCCUGGGGACAGCAGCAUGUCUGUGGUCUUGUAUCGCUGUUGUGCAUGCUUAUUCUGCUGGUACCUUAAAGAACGGGGCAAAGUCCUGUUAGCAAAUGCUGGGAUGGGGGGGGGGGGGUUGAUUUAUUUUUGGCUGUGUUUUUAUUUAGAAAAGUGAUUGCACACAGCUGAGUUUUGAUAUGAAGCUUAUUAUGAUAGAGGUGGGAUGACUGAUGGGUGGGUGGCUCCCAAAGGGAUCAGGGACACUGCAAGUUUGCAGCUGUGACAGCAGUGAUGAGAUGUACUCCUCUUUGUCUACGAUAAUAAAGAUUCAAGAUGCAUUGCA